UUGUCUAUUAUUAUUACUUUGAAAUUGCGUAAACCUGGGGUAAAUUCUGAAGCUGGAAUGCGAAAAAGAAAACGAGUAUUAUCAAACAGGAUAUUUCUCUAAAGAUUGGGAGUUGUGGUCGAAUACCGCACAAUGCAAAAUGCUAAACUGUGUUUAUAAUCGCCUCAAGGAAAUUAAAGUAUUGGCCUGAUGUUGUGCAUUUGAGCUGAGGAGGUUGUAUGGAAAAAAUCUCUUCUUUACGGGAUUGUGAUUUGUUUGAAAUGGAGGAAAGUUGCAUCGAACGACAGGAAGAAGAACUGCAAGCUCUUCAAGCUAUUUACAUGGACGACUUCCAAGAUUUGAGAGAAAAGCCUGAUGAACCUCCAAAGGUUUGUUUGAAGUUGACUCCACUGCAAAGUGUUGUGGCCAAGGAGGUGUAUGCCAGAGUUGAUUUGAUCAUUCAGUACAGAGCAGACUAUCCUAAUCGGAGUCCAAAGCUCUCUCUGUGUAAUGCUGAAGGUAUUUCGGAGGUAGAUUGCAAUACGCUUCAAGAUGAGCUUCGUAAGAUGGCUGCUGAUCUUGUUGGUGAGGUGAUGGUUCUGCAAUUAGCACAUCAUGUUCAAACGUGUCUCCACCAACACAACAAACCGCAGUUAUCAUUUUAUGACAAAAUGAUGGCUGAUAAGCGUAAAGAAGAGGAGAGAAUCCAAGCUGCAGAGCGCCAAAGAUUGCAAAUGGAAAUUGAAGCUAAGAAAGAACGAGAAGAAAAUGAGGAACGAGAGAUAGAAGAAGAGCUACAAAGGAGAGAUGAAGCUAUGAAAGAGAGCAAACGACGGAGAACUGUUGUUAUUCCAGAAAAGAACAUUAAGACAGAUCCGGCGGCCGAGAGUGUAAAGACGAAAGAUCCUGACACCAGCCCAACGGAACGCGAUGAACCUGUGCCCGACUUCUCAUUCUUCUCGGGAGUUCCCGGAAAAUCUCGAGUCAAAUGCGACUUUGAGGAGUUGCAGUUUCUUGGAAAAGGAGGUUUUGGAAAUGUCAUUAAGGUGCGAAAUAAGCUGGACAACUGCUUUUACGCUGUGAAGCGGAUUCCUUUGAACCCAAAGAGCACUCAGUUUAAGAAGAGGAUCAUGCGUGAGGUACAACUGAUCAGCCGGCUGAAUCACGAGAAUGUUGUGAGAUAUUACAAUUCCUGGAUCGAAAACGCUGAAGAACAGCAGCAGGAAAAGGAUCAAACGGCAGACGAGAAACAUCCCAAAGACAUGCCAUCAGAAGAAGAAAGUCUUGUGAAAUUCAAUAAGAUCGAAGCACCGAGAGUAAGAGGUAGUAGAAAUGACAUAGAAGAAUCGUGGUGGCAAGACGAUGAAAAAUUGGGGAAGAAUGGAUCCGAUUCGUCUUCAAGUGAUUCGCAGGAAUCGAUUCGAAGUCCAAGUAAAGUAACGUCAUCCAAGAGUCACAGUGUGUCAUUCUUCAGUAGUAAGUCUGAGUCGUCUGAAGGGGUGGUGUUCACAGGAAAUUUUGAUGCGUCGGUUCUUCAGUUUGGAGACUUGUUAGAUUCAGAGUCCGAAGAUUCUGAUGACGGAGUGGAAUGGCAGGAGACUGGAAGCGAGUCCAGUACAGAACAAGCUGGGUUACAGUAUUUGUACAUCCAGAUGGAGUACUGUGAGAAGAGCACUUUAAGGAACCUCAUUGACGAGGGCUUGCAUAAAGAUAAGGAGCGAAUUUGGAGGCUUUUUAGAGAGAUCGUGGAGGGCCUGGUACACAUUCACACACAGGGCAUUAUUCAUCGGGAUCUUAAGCCCGUAAACUUGUUCCUAGAUUCUCUCGGUUGCAUCAAAAUAGGCGACUUUGGCCUUGCAACAACGCACGGCAUGACACGCGGAGGCAUGGGCACUGAGUGCCCAGAUUCAAUUGUUAAUGGCGAGUCUUCGAAGAUGAACUCAAGCGCUAAAGAAAGUAUGACAGGCAAAGUUGGUACGACCCUGUAGGUCGCUCCCGAGUUGGGAAAACGUUCUCGCGGCCGAGUGAAGUACAGUCAAAAGGUUGACUUGUAUAGUUUGGGGAUUAUCUUCUUUGAGAUGUGUUACAAGCCUUUAACAACUUCUAUGGAGAGGGUCAAAGUUUUGGGCAAUCUACGAACGGAAGGAAUCAUCUUCCCGAGUGAUUUUGAACACAAGCGCCUUGCUAAACAAACGAUCGUCCUCAAGUGGCUCCUCAAACAUACCCCCGAGGAACGCCCUACUUCUCAAGAACUACUUCAAAGCCAGUAUGUGCCGCCUAAGAUUGAAGAUGGUCAGUUGGACGAAGUGCUCAAACAUACGCUCGCGUCAACGAACUCUACUCGCUACCAGCGUAUGAUGAAGGCCAUGUUCUCGCAAAGCGUUUCUUCAGUUCAAGACAUAACUUACGAUCUUGAUGUUUUCACGGGACCGGUUUCACCACAUGCCAUCCUUGUGCAACAAAUGGUUCACGAAAGCGUGAAAUCCGUGUUUUUAAGACACGGCGCGCUACGGUUAAGAACGUCGCUUCUUGUGCCGCGCACGAAGUUAUUUGAACAGCUGGAAUUUGCUGUUAGCGUUAUGGACCACAGUGGCACGCUUGUCACGCUCCCUUUCGAUCUCAGGAUACCGUUUGCGCGUUAUUUCGCUCGAAAUGGGGUCGUCAACAUGAAAAGGUUUGACAUCGGAUGCGUGUAUCGUGAUAAGAAGAUUCUGGGUGCCCACCCCAGGGAACUUUACGAUUGUGUAUUUGAUAUCGUAACCAGCUCGUCGGAAGACCUUGUGCCCGACGCUGAGGUUUUACAUACGGUAUUCGAGAUAAUAAACGAGUUUCCUUCGCUGGGUUCGCGGAAUUAUUACAUCAGGAUCAACCAUGGAGCUCUUUUGGGCUGUUAUCUGACUUCUAUAGGUGUAUCGGGUGAGCGUCAGGCCGAACUGUUGGCAAUUUUGAAAGAAAUUCGCAGUGAGAGUGACCGAAAUGUUCAGAUUAAUGAGUUUGUUGAAAGUUUGCAGCUGAGUGAUCACGCAGCGACGGCACUAUGCGAAUUCUUAAACUUCGAAGGCCCCGUGAAUAAAUUACGCGAGUAUCUGAUCGGGACAAUGAAGCGAAAAUCUUCGGUCGCCCAGACUGCGCGACAAAUUGUCCACGAUCUGGAAGCGAUCACGCAGCACGUACAAACAUUCAAGAUCAAUCUUCCUGUGAAAGUCAACACGUCUAUGGUUUAUAACUACCAGCAUUUCUCAGGUUUGAUUUUCCAGUUUGUAGCCGCAAACAGGCGGAAACGGAAGCGAGGGGGCGUGGAUAUUUUAGCAGCUGGAGGAAGAUACGAUAAGCUGAUAAAAGAAUUCAGCCGGGGAGGAGAAGCUACUCACCCCUCCCAUGGAGCGGUGGGUGUCAGUAUCGCGAUUGAGAAAAUUGUGGCCGCUGUUUUGGAAGACAAAGACGUCAGCAAUCUGUGUCCCUAUGAUGUCUUGGUCUGUUCAGCUGGGCGUAACCGAAUGGAAGCCGAGCGCAUGCGUCUUGCACAUGAUUUGUGGGAAUGUGGCAUCAAAGCAAACAUUUGCUAUGAUUCAAAAGACAUGGUAUCUCUGGAGGAGCAGCAGGAGUUUUGUAAACAAAGUGGAAUUCAACAUAUGGUGGUAUUGAAAGAGCAGGAGGGCGAAAGCGUGAGGGUGCGAUCUUUUGACAAAGAAAGUGUCAAAGAGUCUCGCGUAAAGAGAAAGGAACUUGUGGCCCAUCUUCAAGGGAAGUUCUCUUCAAAGCCUGAAUCGACAGAGUCCUCUGCACCCCAGGGUAAUAAGGGCGCUAGCACACAAAGCAGUAACGAGACGAGUUCUCCGGUUGUUCCGGAAAUGAAAGUCUCGUUUAACACCCAGGAGAAGUGGGCCUGGAACACUAAGAGGAGAUACGAAAGCUUGAUGAUGUCCAAGAUUAAACCUCUUUUGACGCACAUCAGCUCCAAGAAUGCUGUGGAACUUAUUGCGGUUGACCUGCCUGGUAGUGUUUUACGCUAUAUGUCGGGAAUGCUGGAACUGGAUGCAGGCCAGGACGCAUUCGAUGCCAGCGUUGCAACCAUUGCAGAUAAAAACCCGCGUUACAAGAAAUAUCUUGGGCGCGUUUGCGACGACAUCAGGGACCUUAAAGUUACUAAGAAAGUCCCAGUAGUUUUCGUCUAUAGUGUAAAGGAUGAAAUGUUCAAAACAUUUUUCUAGUUGAAAUUUUUCUACCAACCCAGGCUAUUUUGUCAUAGCUAGACAUUUUCAGCAGUCGCUGAGUUAAUGGAUGUUGUUGGCUCGUUAUACAAGUCACACAACUUCUGUAACAGUAUCUCUAUUUUUAGAAUUCUGAUCGCGCAGAAGAUGGCAAGUUAUUACUAGUACUGUAAAGACAGCUAGUCUCGGAGACCAUAAAGGAUAAGUUUUGUAUGACAGUUAAAUAGAUAGAGAAAUAAAUCAAUGAUGGCUUAAUCAUUGAUAUCUCGAUUCCCUUAUCUUUGUCUACUUCUGGUAAAACCAAGUAAUUUGAUUGUAACAACUGCGGUGUUGAUACUGUAAAUUGCCUAUUGUAAAAAGUUUCUAAAGCUGUGGUUAAACGUUGGCCCUUUGUCAUUCGCGCAAAAAAAUAUCCCAUGAUAGUACAUAAUUGAGACAA